AUGACAGACAACGAUGCGCUGCGAGCGAAGAGCCUGCGAGCCCCCCGAAGUGUUGCCCCUGCCGGUGUGCGUUACAGCAACUGGCAAGUCAAGGUAGAGAGCCCGCGAGUGCGCUAUACUGAUGAGUUCAUCUACGCAGACUUCGAGUGUGAUGAGGUGAAAGCAUGUCCUAACGACGAGAAGAAGGAAACAAUUGUGAGGACGCUGAGAAGAAAGCUUCAGUUCAGGACGGCGAUUCGCCCUCCGCGCCUGGGGCUGCUUCUCGUGGGCUGGGCUGGAAAUAACGGUUCCACACUGACGGCAGCUCUGAUCGCUAACCGUGAAAACAUUUGCUGGCAAAGCCGGUGUGGAGUUUGCAAACCGAACUUUUAUGGUUCACUGACGCAGUGCGCAAGUAUGCACAUCGGUUAUGAUGGUGGCGCUGAUGUUUUCGUGCCGCUCCAUGCCGUUGUACCGCUCGUGCAUCCGAAAGAUAUCGUCGUUGGGGGCUGGGACAUUUCCUCCGUAAACUUGGCCGACGCUCUUGAGCGAGCGCAGGUGCUCGAAGCAGAUCUUCGCCAGCGCCUUCGACCGUUUCUGGAGCAUCAGAAGCCCUGGGCGGGGGCGAUGGACCCUACGUUUAUCGCCCAAAACCAGCUCGGUCGCGCGGACAACGUCAUAUCAGGUAGCAAGUUCGAACAACUGGAAAAGCUACGAGAGGACAUCCGAAGCUUCAAGGCAAAACACGGUCUUGAGACAGCGGUUGUGGUAUGGAGUGCGAAUAGUGAGCGGUACUCCGAGCUUUCGCCAGGGGCCGCCCACGAUCCGGAACUUCUGCUUGAGGCCAUCCGGAGGAAUGAAGCCGAAGUAUCACCGUCGAUUCUAUAUGCUGUCGCUGCAAUUCUCGAGCGCUGUCCAUAUGUGAAUGGGUCUCCCCAAAAUACACUCAUCCCUAGUGUAGUGGAAUUAGCUCGACGACACGCGAUCCCUGUCAGUGGAGACGACUUCAAAUCCGGCCAGACGAGGCUCAAGUCAGUACUCGUCGACUUUUUUGUCGGUUGUGGCCUGAAACCGCGAGCUAUCGUGACCUACAAUCAUCUCGGAAAUAAUGACAUGUACCAACUCACUGACGGCACCAUGUGGAAGCCGAAAGCCGUCGCAAAAUCUGGCGUUCUCACGGAUAUUGUGCAGAGUAAUGGAGCACUGUACCCGAACGGCGAGGAGCCCGACCACGUCGUUGUUGUCAAAUAUGUUCCGUUUCUUGGGGACUCCAAACGAGAUGUCAGCGAAUACACCAGCGAGGCAUUCAUGGGCGGUCUCUACACGAACAUCAUCCACAACGAGGCGUUGGACUCUGUGCUCUGUGCUCCCUUGAUUCUUGACACUGCAGUGCUGUGCGAACUCUUGACACGUGUCUCGUGGAGAGAUUCCCCGAGUGAGGCGUAUCAGCCGAUGGAUUCGGUGGCCGUUGCUCUAAGCUUCUUCAUGAAAAACCCGGUGAUGCCACACGGACUGCCGGCCGUGAAUGCGCUCUGGCGGCAACGUCAAUGUUUAGAGGACUUGCUGCGCGCCCUGGUUGGCCUCGGACCGCAUCACGAGCUGCAGUAUAUGCUCGCUUGA